ACUUGCAUUGGAACAGCGAGAGGCGGCCGACCCCUCAAAUUUGACACAAUUAUCAGCGUGAGGUUGUUUUUCUGAGGGAGCGGGUGACGUGGACAAACUCCUUAGUUAUCAUGGCUAAACAUAGUGAAGUUCCACAAGAGCUUGUCCAGGAUGUGGAAGAAGUCUUCAAUGACUUAUGGGCCUGUGAUAACCAAAAGUGUUACCAUGGAGAAGAUUUUGAAGUGUAUUUACAAGGGAGGGCUAGUACUCGUAAUCAAAGAGAUGUUUCAAGACAGUCGCUGUUUGAUUAUUUCAAUGAGGAAAAGAUAUUUUCUAUGGAGACAUACCAGACUUUUCGUGACCUAUUAAACAACUACACAUUGGAGUGUGGUGAAGCAGAACAAGUGACCCCUGAAGAAGUCAAGGAAAACCGUCGGUUCAUAGAGGCUGUGAUGAAAACAGAAGUGAUGCAGAAAGCUCGGGCUUGGCUGAUCUCUAAAGAUUUUCUGUCAGACGAAUUUUAUACUCCUGAUGCUGUGAUGGCAGAAAGAGGUCUUGAGUUUGAUUUCAACUUCAUGAAGAUGUUGUACAAACUUUGGUUUAGCCUUUACAGAAGGACCAAGGGAGAUAGGGACUUAGAUUCCAGCAGCUUUGAGCAUGUGUUUGUCGGCGAGGCAAAGGAUGGUAAAAUUGUUGGUUUACACAACUGGUUACAGUUUUAUCUGGAGGAGAAAGCUGGUCGAGUCGAUUACCAUGGAUAUUUUGGAUUUAAAACGGACACUAAUGAUGAAUCCUUUCGUCUGAUCACCCUCCAGUUUGAGAUGGUUGAUGAUGAGGAGGAGGAUGUUGGGGGCGUCAAGAAAAUGAGCAGUAUAUUUCUUGGAACCAGUCCAGAGUUUGAAUUGGCUGCAUACACAAUUCUGUACCUUACAAAAAUGUUUGGUAGACACAACAUUAAGAUUGGAGAGUAUGAGGUUAUGACAGAAUGUUAUCCUUUUGGUAAGUUUGGUAUUGGGACAGCCUAUAUUGGCUGUAGAUAAUCUGUCAGAUUUUCUCAUCCAUCAAAUAUACACAUUUAAAAACAUAUCUUAUAUAGUGUAGAAAUAUAAAGGUAAAGAGAGAGUGACUAACUCGCCACUGAGAGCUUAUUUUAUAACGAGGGUAUACACAUCUUGUAAGGACUGUAGAGGCCUUAGAGACAUUGUUUAUUAUUGUGAAAAACCUACAACCUUCUUUAUUAAACUUAAAAAUUAAGUCGAGUGAGUCAUUGAUCCUUUGAGACUAUAGGGUUUUCCAUACAUAACUUAAAUUGUUUAUGAAAUUUGUGUGUAAAGAAUGAAACUUUUUGAUGCAAAUUGUACUUUUUGUUUUAAUAAAUAAAUAAAAAUCUGUUCAUUAAAAAAUUUCAUGUAGGUACAUCUAAUACUUGAUACAGAUUACAUUGAUGGGUUGGAGGGAGGGUGUGUAUGGGUGUCAGUUUUUUUUUUCAAAUCCAUGCAUAAGUAAACAUUUAAAAUUUAUAUGGCAUGUCAAAUUAUACUUACAUAAUGAAUAGUGUACCUGUUUUUCAAAACAAUUUUCUAUUUUACUGCUCAAAACAAUUUGCUAUUUCACUGCUGAGGGGUCCCAAGCGACAUAAAGGGAAGUUUUUAGCAAAAAAACAUGAUUAUAUAUAGCAUAAGAGAAACACUAGAUUUAGAUACAUCAUGACAACCCUGGUGCAAUAGCAAGAAAAGCAAACGGGAAAAGUUAGAUGCUCUCUGUGGUUGGAUGAGAAAGAUGAACAUGUUGAAAUAACAAAUAAUUUGAUCAGGUUGGUGAAUAUUCAAAAUGCAAUGGAUCAACUCAUCAAUCCAAAUAAAGAAUAUCUCCAAAUAUUGAUUUUAAAUGAAAAAUGUCUGAAGUAUCUCCAUAUAUGGAUUACAAAUGAAAAAUUUAAGAAAUAUCUCCAUAUAUGGAUUAUUGAUGAAAAAUGUAAGGAAUAUCUCAAAAUAUGAAUUAUAAAUAAAAAUUAAGAAUAAUCUCACAAUAAAAUGAAAAUGAAAAAAGGAGUAAAACAACAAAGGUUGUUUAUUUGAGGUAUUAUGAACACAAUAUAGGCAGAAGUAAAGAUUUGAUAUAAAGAGGGAGUGGUAAAGAUUUGAUAUAAAGAGGGAGUGGUAAAGAUUUGAUAUAAAGAGGGAGUGGUAAAGAUUUGAUAUAAAGAGGGAGUGGUAAAGAUUUGAUAAAAAAAUAGGUAGUUGCUACAGACAGGUGAUUACUUCAGGUAGGUUUUAUUUUGUAUUUUGAAAGAGUUCAUCUCUAAAGCAAUGUAGGGAACCAUAUGCAUGUUAGGGUAUACUACCUGCUUCAAGGUCAUACAUUUAACAGGUUAAGUGAUUAAAAAUUCAAACUUUAUUAAAAUACUUGUUAGUUUAUAAAGUAAUCAAAAAAAGAAAAAGAAAAAAAAGAAAACUCAAAUGAGUCCAGUGGCACAAGACAGGGAAAUCAGAAGAUGUCUUGUAGAUUCUAUUAUCAAUUGAGUUAUAUUAUUUUUGAAUGUGUGACAUCAUAAUACAUGUAACAGUAAAAUAAAUAAUGGAAAACUGAGUAGGUUAAAUUUGUUUCAUAGUUAUCAGUAGAGAUUUGAUUAAUACCCGUUUGCUAGUUUGAUAUUAACAAUGCUAGGGUAACCUACUACUAGAUAUUCUUUUUUUUUUUGGAAGGUCUCUCUCCUCUGGGUUUCUCAAUUGCAGGAGAUUUAGCAUGACAACAUUUCAUUGGCAUAAAAUUGCCUUGAACCAUUUGUUUUAUCACAAAAUACAAAAGAAGUUAUAUUCCAAAAUGUUUUAUCAGUAUAUUGAUCUUAAACUGUUGAUGCAAGACAGAUAUACAAAUGUUGUUAGAAUGUCGGAACCAUUCAUACAAGGUGGAGGAGACCUACAAUGACAUAAGACUACCUCCAAAUAUGAUACAGUUGUCAACUCUAACUCUGCCUGAUAUUAAUUCUUGUCAUAUAAUACUCGCAUAAUACUAUCUUAAAUUUUAAAUACAAAUUGAGCUUAAUUAGAGUUUUAUAUUCACAUUUUAAUAUGUAUAUUUUCUCACAAUGUAUUUUGUGUAUUGCAGAAUCGAUUAAAUUGAAAUGUUUCAAAACUUUAACUACAUUGAUUUUUUGUAUUAUUCUUAUCAUAUUUUGAUAUAUGCUAUUUUUCUUGAAACAAGGAAUGAAUUUUUGUGAAGCAAUAACUCUGUUUUUAUAUACAUAACCAUUUUGUGAAGAUCACAGCUGUGUUCGAUUUAAGGGGUUGUUUGUAUUUAUUAUUAUUAUUAUUGGUGGUGAUUGGUAAUUUGUAGUAUUUAAUUCCCAUGUUAUGUUUAAUCUUUUUUUGCCUUCUACGUAAACCAAAUGAUAUUAAUUAUUAUACUACACAAAAUGAAACCUGAUUUAGAUAUAAAACUAUAUAAUGUUAAUGUAUUUUUUUUUAUUUCACGUUACUAGAUACAGGAUUAUCUACCUACAGAAUAUUACUCAUUAUAUCUAACUUGCCUUUUACUGUUAUAUUACUUUAUUUUCUAUGUACAUUUAUUGUAGAUACUAACUAAUAUUUAUAAGUGAGAUAUCUGAUGAAGUGACACUACAGUAUGUUACUGUAUAGUAUUUUGUAGUAUAUAGUCUAUGUACAUGUAUACUAGUUCAAUCAAUCAAUUAUUAACAAUAGAGGAAUUUAUAGAAAUUAUUAUUAUUAGAAAUAACAGGCUCAAAAUGCAUGAGUUUACCAUGUGUAUAAUGAUACUGAUUACCUAUUGCUUGUGUGAUAUACAUGUUGUUCAGGGUCAUUGCCAGUCUGACACUUGCCAGAGAUAGAAUGAACUUGUAACAGUACAUUUAGAUUUUGAAGUUUUGAGAAAAUAUAGCAUGCAUUUAUGUUGUCCUUUAUGAUGCAACCAAUAUUGCAAAUCAGAUAUUAAUUUUCUGUCUCCAAGCAUUGUUGUUUUUUGUUUUGACUUAAAUCACUGCAUGUGCAAAUACUGUGCCUUUUUGAAAUUGAUAUUAUUUACAUAAGAAUCAUUUAACAUUAGCAUUGAUAUAUAUAUAUAUAUAUAGAGAUGGGGAGAGCAGGAUAUUUUUUUAAUGUUUCUAGAUAUAGUUCCUGGCUGGUCAAUUAUACAAGUGCUGAAAAACAUUAUAUGCUCUUCAAACUUUACAUUAUGAAUUGUUAUUGCCUGUUUGUAUCUAUACCUGGCAACUUUUGAUUGGGUGAUGGGUUGUUCAAAUCACCUCGUCUAUGGUCUGUUGUCUGUCAGUAAUUAAUCCUUUUUAUCACUAUUAAGAUCUACUAAAAGGAUAUUUCUCCUAUUUCAUCCUCCUGGUCCCUUGUUGUGCUCAUCUAAAUUUGAGUCUGAUAUUAAAAAUAAAAUGACUACUAGGUAGCCAUCUUUGAUUUUGACAUUUGAGAUUGUUAUUGCUAUUUCUUAAAAAGUAUUGAAAGGAUUUUUCUGAAACUGGAUAUGUCGUUGUACAUGUACAAGUUUAGAGUGUGAUUGGGUAAAAACAAAAUGACCAGUGGAUUGUUAUCUUGGCUUUUGACAAUCUAAGUUAUCCUUCUUUUUUUAAGAAGCGCUUGAAGGAUAUUUCUCAAACUUGAUGAAUAAGUUUUCCUUGGUUGCUUGUUGUACCAUUCUAUUUUGAUAUUGAUUGGGAAAACCAAUUGCCAUACAAGUGAAUUUCUUGGAUUUUGACAGUUGGAGAUGGUUAUUGCAAUUUUUUGAGAUGUACUGAAAGAAUAAUUCAGAAACUUGAAACAGGUAUAUGUGGGUUUCCCUAUAAUCUUGGUUGUGUCUGUUGCAACUUUCAGUACCAAUACAGUAUGAUCGGGGAACAUCUUGGAUUUCGACAAUGAAAUUUUGUUAUUGCUUUUUCUUGAGAAGUACAAGAUGGAUUUUAAUCCGACUUCAUUUGUAAGCCUCCACUGAUCUCUAGAUGUUUUUGAUAAAUGGCUGACAUGUAUGGCUUUUGACAUGAAAGAUUGUUAAAUGCUAGAUCAGUAAGACAAAAUAGUUAACAGAGAAAAGAAGGGAAAAGAUCAAAGUUUUAAGAACAAACAAAGAUCAAACAUGAUGGGCAUUAAGAACCCUUUGGGAUCUCUUGUUAAAUAUGAAAUGAGAAAGUUUUGGAUGAUAACAUGUCUUAGAUGACAAAAUACAAAAAGUGGGGAAAUUUUGAUUACUUUUCUUCUUGCAAUAUGUAAAUAUGAAAUAAUUUACACAUAAAAAAGACAUCUUAAGGUAACAGGUAAAUCUACUGUAUAUUCACAAAAUGUAAAAUUAUUAAAUUUGAUAAUUAUUAAAUCUGAUUCAAAUCUUUGCUUCAGUUCAGUGAAUUACACCAUGCUUUUUUAACAUUAAUAGAGUGAAGUUUACAAAACAAGAUCAGCAUGUAGACAGAGUGUACAUAUACAUGCAUGUAGUAAGGAACAGGAGCGUAUAUUAAGAUAUGUUUUAAUCUGAUUGUAUACUAUGUACAUGUAUUUACUUAACUAAUCAUGACAUUUAUCAAAUAAAUCUCCUAGCUUUCA